AUGGCGGCACCGCAGUGGCCGACUACGACGACUACGGCGUCGGCGUGCAUCCCGGAUACGGCGCGCGGCACGCACGUGUUCACGGUCGCCGGCUACAGGCUGCACAAGGGCAUCGGCGUCGGCAACUUCAUCCGAUCUGCCACCUUCGCCGUCGGCGGCUACGACUGGUGCGUCUGCUACUAUCCCGACGGAUUCAGCGCUGAAUACAAGGACUAUGUUUCAGUCUGCGUCGAGCUCCAGAGCAAGAAGUCCGUGGUGAGGGCUCUCUACGACCUUAAGCUGACCGGGCUGUCGUCAUUGAUCUUCUCCCGGCCAUCUUCUUUCCCGGCGUUCGACUCCUGCAAGAACGAGCAUUUCAGGGGGGCUUACACGUUCAUGAGAAGGGGCGUCCUGGAGGCAUCCCCAAGAAAAUACCUACAGGAUGACUGCCUCGUGAUCCAGUGCGAUGUGACUGUUCUCCUCAAGAAAAUACCGGCCGUGGCCACCACCACCGCCAAGACGCCUCACAUCGAGGUGCCGCCCUCUGACCUGUCCAAUAAUCUCGCAAGGCUGCUUGAGGGGAAGAAAGGAGCGGACUUGGUGAUCAAUGUCAGUGGGGAGACCUUCUACGCAGACAAGAUCGUGCUCGCGAUGCGGUCUCCGGUCUUCAAAGCAGAGCUCUAUGGGCCAAUGGCAAUGUGCGACACCCAGAAGCACUGCAUUGAGGUUGUGGACAUGCAGCCCGCCGUCUUCGGAGCACUGCUUCACUUCAUAUAUACAGACUCAUUGCCCGCCAUGGAUGGCCUCCUUGACAGCUAUGACAAGAGGGAGGUGAUGAGGCAUUUGCUUGUGGCUGCAGACACGUAUGCCAUGGACAGGCUCAAGCUGAUGUGUGAGGUCAUCCUUUGCAAGGGUCUAGAUGUUGAGAGUGUCGUCGCCACGUUAGCUCUCGCUGAUCAGCAUCGUUGCAGCAAGUUGAGAGACGCUUGCAUGGGGUACAUCAAGCUCUUCUGUUAG